GAAGAUUCAUCCACAACACAGCUGAUCUACACAACUUUACCAGGUUGAAGAAAUGGCAUCAAAUCAAAUGACGGUGGCUGCACUGGGUCGACCUUUCACCCUCGGGAUGCUGUAUGAUGCUCGCAAAGAUGAACUGCACACAGGCUUCACGCUGUGGGACAAAAAAACACUCCAAGAAAACAGGUCUGAGCACGCUCAGCGCAGCAGUUCAUUUGAAAUUACUGCAUCUGAUUCCAUUGAAUCCAAGUCGUCUUUACUUGAUAUCGAUGCGUCUCUGAAGGCCAGUUUCCUCUCUGGAUUGAUUCAAGUGGAAGGUUCAGCCAAGUAUCUGAAUGAUCAGAAAAAAUCCAAGAAUCAGAGCAGAGUGACACUUCAGUACAAAGCUACCACCACCUUUGAACAGUUGUCAAUGACUCAUCAAGAGGCCAGGAACAUGCUAAAUACUGAUAUUAUGGAUAAGCAAUCUGCAACACAUGUUGUCACUGGAAUCCUUUAUGGGGCCCAUGCUUUCUUUGUGUUUGACAGUCAGAAAUUAGAUUCUAGUAGUGCUCAGGACAUCCAGGGCAGCAUGCAAGCUGUGAUAAAGAAGAUCCCUACAUUUGAUGUCGAGGGGAGAGUUAGUAUCAAGUUGACUGAUAAUGAAAAAGCCCUGACUGACCAAUUCUCCUGCAAAUUCUAUGGGGACUUCAUUCUUCAAAGCAACCCUGCAACAUUUGAAGAUGCAGUGAAGACCUAUACACAACUUCCAAACCUCCUGGAACAAAAGCAAGACAAUGCUGUUCCACUAAUUGUCUGGCUGACACCCCUCAAGAAAUUUGAUUCCACAGUUCUCGAGCUCAAGGGUGAGAUCUGCAUUGGACUAGUGAGGAAAGCUGAGAAGGCUGUAGAAGAUGUAGUGCAAGCAGAAAUGAGAUGCAGUGAUUCUAUGGGAGAAAACAUGGUGGAGAAAGUGCCUCAGAUUUACAAAAAGUUGAGGAAUUUCCAUAAACUAUGUCAAGAUUACAAAUCUAAGCUCCAAAUGAGCAUGGAGAAAAAAUUUCCUUUGAUUCGUGCAGGUGAAGAAGAUGACGUUUCACUGGAAAAGCUCUUUGACGACAGGGAGAAGUCACCAUUCAGUGAAGACAACUUAAACAACUGGAUGAAUAAAAGAGAAACAGAAAUCACUGCGAUCAGAUCCUGUGUAGAGAUUAUGAAAGAAACAAAGCCAAAAAUGGUCACAAAUCUGUCUGAAUUGAACAGCAAGAUUCUCGCUCCAGGAGUAGAUCAUGCUCUGUGCUUUGUUUUUACCUCUGUUGAACGCGAUGACCCCUACUUGGAGAAUAUGACCAAGUACUUAUAUUCACAUGAACCACAAAGUGAUGAAAAUGUCACAACAGAAGACCAAUGGUACAUCUCAGAGGGAGUUCAUAUCAGAGACAAAGCCAAAGCCUUCCGGGAUUUCACCAGCACUCUGAGAAACAGCAGCAGUUUCACCUUCCUUAUAGCAUUUAUACCAAAUACGAAAUACAAAGGUGCCACUAUCUACCAUUACAAGGAUGGCAUUCUGAUCACUGAUGAUUUCUCACAGCCUCGCAUCCCUGAAGUGAUGAAUGACCGCAGAGAUUUGAUCUGGUAUGCCUCUGAUCUCAACCUGGAUUCCAGAACUGCAAGCAACUGGCUGACUCUAUCUGAAGAUAACAAGAUGGCAACAUGUGGACCGUUGCAGAAGUAUCCUGAUCUCCCAGAGAGGUUUGAUCCACGUCCACAGGUCCUGUGCACAAAGGGCCUGACUGGGCGUCAUUACUGGGAGGUAGAGUGGAGUAAAGGUUAUAAGAAUGAUGUUGGGGUGGGAGUUACAUUCAUAAGAAUUGAGAGAAAAAAAGAAGACAAGGAUAGUGGGCUUGGAUCCAAUGAAAUAUCCUGGUAUUUUGGUGAAAAACAAGAGUAUCUCUAUGCAUGGCAUAAUGGUCAGGUGUGGAGCGGACCAGUUCCUCCUGCUGGAUGCAACAAAGUUGGGGUGUACCUGGACUGGCGUGCAGGCACUUUGAGCUUCUACAGCGUCAACUCUAACAAAGUAGAACUCCUCUACACCUUCAUUAACGCAAACUUCACUGAGGCCGUUUACCCAGGUUUCUAUAUUUAUCACUUUUCCAACUACGCUUCACUGUGUCAAAUGUAA